UGUGACGAACCUCGGUGAGGCGACGUCUGUUCCGCGCAUGCGUAGAGACGCUGAUACGAGCCGGAUUGACUAGGGUGCGAACGUACUGCGGCGAACACGAGACUGGCUGUUUGAGUAUUUCGGAGAACAUGAAAUUACUUACACUUAUUUAAAAAUUAAUUUCCUUUUAAAUAAAAAUGUACGGAAACGUAAAUAGGUGUGGUUCUUGGAAUUUCAAUCAAAAAGGUUUGUAGUAAAUGUUUUUAGUUUAAAUUUAUCGUAACUUUAUGCAUAGCUUUGAGUUUAAGAUGUAUCAGGAUUUCUAGUUGUUAAUUUUCAUUUUAGAGUUAUUUCGCUAUAUUUGAGUCUUUUUAUUAAUUGAAUAACAUCAAAAGCACCUCAUAAAAGCCUUAAUUUAAAAGUUAAGUUAAAAAUGUCCAAAAUGCAGGCUUAUAAAACAUAAACCUAGGCUACAAUAUCAAAGCCCUAAAUUUCCGGAACUCAUCUUCUUCCGCGACUUAACUUGACAUAUCCUUUCAAAGAUUCUAACAUAUAUCUACCCUAACUGCAGCCUCCAGCACCCGAGGAGCUUUCAUAUUGACCUAUACGUAUUACGAGUACUCUCCGAACAGUUUCAGGGCGUGCGAGCGAGAGGGGAGACCCUCAGAGCCACUAAACGAACGCGGCAGAAAGAGACAGACGUAACGGAGCACACGGCUAGGCCCGCACGUUUCAGUAUACCCCGAACGUUUGCAAGCCUCGGUUCGACGCGAUCCCUCACAAAAACACGUGCGUAAGGAAAAAAUUGCCAAAAUAUAGACACGGUGUCGCAUGUUUAUGGCAAGACAGUGUAAGGACCAGUGCAGUGUUUUCCAACUAAUUAGUGUGUUCAAACUACUGUGUUGUGUUGUGUUCCAGUGAUUUGUUCGUUCGCGCGAGACUCGUUUGAAUUUACUAACAUGGCUGUUGUUAAGCUGACCCAGCAAAAUAAACACUGACCCAACGAUGUCGUAAUAAAAAAUCAAAUGAAUUUACAACAAAAUAAAACAGGAACCUAGUAAAGAGAUGGGUAUACAAAGGUGAUAUUCACAGAAAAUGGACACCCAUAAACUGUCACUACACAUUUGCAAUUCAAUAAAACAGUAUAUGGUAAACGUAGAUAUAGUGACGGAGAUAGUCAAGCUACACAACAAUAAGAUAAAUAACCUGAAGAGAAAGUUGACAUUGAAAUUGGGACUGCAGGAGAAGUUGAAGCUAGUGUUGUUGCUAAUACUGUUAAUGACUCAAAAUUCGAAUUGCAACGGAUUUGGUGGCAGGAAUUCUAUGUUAAGAACUAGAGUGAUUGGAACGAGAUACGGGAAGCUCCAGGGAGUGAUAUUGCCAAUGGAUCAACAUAAAUACUUGAAGCCGGUAGAGGCGUACCUCGGGGUUCCUUACGCCACUCCACCGACUGGGUCAAACAGGUUCGCGCCAACCAGAGCGCCAGCACCGUGGGACGACGUCAAGACGGUAGACCAAAUGGGACCGGUCUGCCCGCAAAGGUUACCCGACAUCUCGAACGAGACCCUGGCUCUGGAGAGGAUGCCCAAAGGCCGGCUGGAGUACCUGAGAAGAUUACUGCCACGGCUCAAAAACCAGAGCGAAGAUUGUCUGUACAUGAACAUUUAUACGCCAGUGCAAGUUGGACCAACACUGCAAGCGAAGUAUCCGGUGGUGAUAUUCAUCCAUGGUGAAUCGUUCGAGUGGAACUCCGGGAACGUGUACGAUGGCUCAGUCUUAGCCAGCUACGGAGGCAUGGUGGUUAUCACCAUCAACUACAGGCUUGGCAUUCUGGGUUUCCUGAACGCAAACCCGAUACCUCACUUAAAAGCCCGCGUGGCGAACUACGGGUUAAUGGAUCAGAUAGCGGCCCUGCAUUGGGUGCAGCAGAACAUUGCGCUGUUCGGAGGCGACGCUGGCAAUGUCACUAUGCUGGGACAUGGCUCUGGAGCGGCUUGUAUCAAUUUCCUCAUGAUAUCACCUACCGUGAUGCCUGGCCUAUUUCAUCGUUCAAUUCUUCUAUCGGGAUCAGCACUAAGCUCCUGGGCGUUAGUCGAAGAUCCAGUCAGCUUUUCCGUCCAAUUAGCAAAACAGUCAAACUGCACGCUUCCAGAAGACAUCGUCAAAGAUCACGAACUCAUAGUUGACUGCCUCCGAGAAGUGCCACUCGAAGAACUGAUGUCAGCCGAGAUCAGUACACCGAGUUAUUUGACAGCUUUUGGCCCUUCCGUAGAUGGCGUUGUCGUCAAAACUGAUUACGCCAAAGAACUCCUCACAUUUUUUAUACCUAACGAUCUCCAAGGAUUCUCCAGUGUAUCCGGAGUGAAUAACCUCAAAGCUGAUAAAAGGAGCGGAGAAAGGAUGUUUGGGAUAAGGGGUGGACAAAAUAAGUAUGAUCUGCUCUUCGGUGUUGUCACUAGUGAAGCCCUCUGGAAAUUCUCGGCUCAGGAUAUACAAAAUGGGUUCGAAGGCGAAAGAAGGGAUAGAAUAAUAAGGACUUACGUCAGAAACGCCUACACAUAUCAUUUAAGUGAAAUAUUCUUCACAAUUGUGAAUGAAUAUACCGAUUGGGAAAGGACAGUCCAGCAUCCAAUAAACACUCGGGACGCAGCUGUGCUGGCGCUCUCAGAUGCGCAGUACGUGGCGCCCCUGGUGCAGACCGGCGACUUCCUCAGCUCCCCGGACACAUCUCCCAGGACAUUCUUCUACGUCUUCGAUUACCAGACCAAGGAUGGGGACUAUCCUCAGCGCAUGGGUUCGGUACACGGAGAAGAGCUCCCUUAUUUAUUUGGGGCCCCAUUAGUCGAGGGUCUCGGCCAUUUUCCUAGAAACUACACGAAAUCUGAAGUGGCGUUAUCUGAAUCUUUCAUACUGUAUAUGGCGAAUUUUGCAAGGACUGGGAACCCGAACGAAGUCCAUCGUCAAGAGUCAGUGCUGCCAAUAUCACGAGAGCGGAAUAAGUACAAGAGCAUACUCUGGGACGAAUACGACACCCUGUACCAAAAGUAUCUGGAGAUUGGCAUGAAACCGCGGAUGAAAAACCAUUAUAGGGCACACCAGCUGUCCGUGUGGCUACGGUUGAUCCCCGAAAUCCACCGCGCGGGGAUGAAGGACGUGGUUGCGAAACACAACCUUUUCAGGAACCACAACGACCCGGAGCUGUACGACGGCCUCGUCAGGCCCGACCCGCUCACACGCGCCAACUAUUUCGAUCCCACGAUGGAACUGUACCGCAAACCGACCUACAACCUCUCAUUAGACAUACCCUCCACUACGAUGGAUGCUUACGUCACGACGUGCAUUAGUGUGAUGUCCGCCAGACCUGGCUCCGCAGUCACACAAAGCCAAGUCCCAAACAACACGCACACGCAAGACGUGUCCAAUUUAGAAGUAGCAGGGUAUACAGCGUACUCCACAGCUUUAAGUGUCACGAUAGCGAUAGGAUGCUCUUUACUCAUAUUGAACGUCCUCAUAUUCGCCGGCGUUUACUACCAAAGAGAUAAAACUAGACUGCAAGUGAAAGCACUCCAGCAGCAACAGAAACGAAACCAUAACUCAACGUUUGAUAGCGUAUCUUCGAAGCAUCCCCAUUACUUCGUCGGACACUCUCAAAGCUCGAGUACGAUAGUAGACAUCGAUCAUCAAGACAAAAACGCGAUAAUCGCAAUGACAAAUCGAGUUCCCCACUUCACUACAGCCAAUUGCCCGAACGUUUGUCACACGGGGAUACAAAUGUCGAAUUUGUCACAGAAAUCGAGUCCGCCAACAAAUAGGGGACAAUGUACGACGUUGCCGAGAAAAGUGGGGUUCAGUUAUCAGCAGAAUCAGAUAUGUAACGCGUCGAAUUGUAUGACGUUGCCGAAGAACACGACGUUUAUGAGUAGUGCGGGUAAUCUGCCCGACGUGCAGGCGCAGACGGGGCAGUCUCAAGGGCCGGGCAACGGGUCGGUGCUGCCGCCGCCCGCCUCGCCCCCUGCGCAGCACUUCUCGCAGUCGCGAGUCCCCCAGGCGGCCAUGUCUGAAAUGAACGUAUGAGACAUGGAAGAUAUUUACAAUUAUGUGUAAAGUGACGGUCGGAACCUUCAGUGAAAGUGUCACGGGACAAGCCAUGGUUGUAAAUAUCGGACUAAAACAAGUGUAUAUACGAUGUUAAAUUAAUGUAAUAUGUAAUACAGGUAACGUUUUAAGUAUUCAUAGAUGUAAUGUAUCUAAUUCUAGGUUUCUGAAUAAAUUGUCAUUUUUAAACGAUAAUCCAAUUUUUCAGAAAUCGACAUUAAUUGUAAAAAAGUUCGUUGAUCAUGUAAAUAUUAUAAUUUGUAAUAUCAUCGCCAUUGAAAAUGGAUGACAGAGAUCCAGUCAUUUGAUAAAAAUUAAUCGCGGUCACCUCAUUAAGCAUACGAAUAAACGAAAUAAAUGUGAACAGAGAAUGAUUGGAACAAUGGAAUCAGACCGGGAAUAAAAUCAGAACCUGGAAACAUUGUGACUUCAUUAGAUCUGUCAUUGAAAAUGACUAAUAUUGUAAAUAAACUAGAAUCUUAAAGACUGUAUACUUAAAGUAAGACAAUUUUCUGUUCUAACAGCCCAUGUGACACAGACAACUUGGUUCUUGCAACGAAUUACUUUGAGAUGUUAAAGUGCCGGCAUUAGGAAGUUUUUAAGACGGCAAAUUAUCUUUAUUUUCCUGCCUAAGUACGUGCUCCAAAGUUUCUAGAACAAAAAAAGUAAUUUGUUUCAUUUACACGGAGAUCCUGACCGAGUAUAAAAUUGAGAUACCAGAGUAAAGUAAGUAAUGAAAAUGAAAUAAAAACAACGUCCGCAAAGAAUUGUUUU